AUGCCGAUGAAAAAAUUGGACACCGAGUCAGUGUCGGUGAUCUGGCGGCAGCACUGGUUGAGGGAGUUUAACGAGGACAAGCACUGGCCAUCCGGGCACGCGGAUACUUGGAAGGGACCCACUGAGAUCGAGGCUAAAAAGGUCCCAGCUAAGAUACAAUCACCGCUGCCAAUUAUCCAGAAAAAUUACAAUGGCACCUUUGGGUUUGCAACGCAACAGUACAACGAAGCAGGGAGCGUUAAAAAAUUUAGCGGACGAUCGAACCUCCGUCGAAGGAUCGCGACAAACGUCGCCAAGACGUUCAAGGAUUACUGCGAUUAUUCAACGUUGCACGGCUUGAAGUACAUUGGCGACACUUCGCUGAAUUACAUGCAGAGGUUGUUUUGGGUGAUCGCGUUUGUUUGCGCGACGAUGGGCACGUCGUACUUCAUCUGGCGCUUGUACAACAGAUACAGCCAGACACCGAUAAUCAUAUCCCGCAGCUCCGAAGCCGUUUCCAUUAAUGAAAUACCCUUUCCGGCAGUCACCGUUUGCAACAUGAACAACGCCAAGAGAUCUGUCGCCGAAAAAAUCAUAGAGGAAAACGAUCCAUUGCAAAAGUUUUAUCUGGAGGACAUUUGUAACUUCAAGAACGGGACGUUUCAAUUUUUUCAAAAAUUCGAUGGGAGCAAGGAGGCCGGGAGCUGGGAGUCUAUAUACCAAUUUUUGUUAAACGUGUCUCAAAGCUGUUCUCAAAUGAUGUAUUACUGUGAAUGGAGUGGUAACGAAACCAGUUGUUCCGAAUUAUUCAACCCUGUAUUGACGGAUGAGGGCCUGUGCUGCAGAUUCAAUGUCCUUCCCGACCUAUUAUAUUACAGGCGAACAUGGGAGAAUCUAGAUGUAUCGAGUGCAUUGAACCACAUAGAGUGGGAUCCAGAGUACAAGUUCACCCCAAAGGACCAUCCCGACCAGAUACCCUGGCGUGCCUAUGCUAGUGGUUCCACUUAUGGACUGACACUUGCUCUCGACGUUGCUGCCGACGAGUACUUUUGCUCAUCUACAGCUAGCGUUGGAUUUAAGAUGUUAUUGCACAGUCCGGUGGAGAUGCCGCAGAUAGCGGAUUUUGCUUUUACAUUGUCACCUGGCAAAGAGACGCGGGUCAUUAUAACACCCCACAUAGCCGACGCUGAUAUUUCCAUUAUUAAGAUCCCAGUGAAAAUCAGGCGAUGUUAUUUUCUUGGCGAGAAAAAUCUUAAAUAUUACAAGAUUUACACGCAACGCAACUGCGUGCUCGAAUGCGAGGCGAAUUUUACGCUUCAGUACUGCCAGUGUAUGGAGUAUUACAUGCCUGUUACAAGCAACACGAGGAUUUGCGGAAAAAAUGAUGACCUUUGUACAGACAUUGCUAAAAAAAUCAUGAAAAACAAAUGGUACGAGGAUGACGACGUCAGAGCUGCCUACAAUAUCACAAAAGCACCUAGCUGUAAAUGCUAUCCAGGAUGUAAUGAAAUCAAUUAUAGUACAGAGAUUUCACAGAGCAUGUUGAUGACUACAUUCUACAUUCCAGAAGAAAUUUACAAGUUUGACAGUAGUUAUUUUACAAACAAUGUGGCUAUAGUUCACAUAUUUUACAUCGAUACUUCAUACUUGAAAUACACAAAAAAUGUAAUCUAUGGUUUUGCUGAAUUGCUGUCCAAUACUGGUGGGAUAUUAGGACUCUUCUUAGGAUUCAGCUUAUUAUCAGUAGUCGAGAUAUUUUAUUUCUCUACAAGAUUGGUGUAUCGCAUAUUGAACCAUACUACUCCAAAAUCU